AGUCGAGGAAAAGAGAGCCUGGGAAAUGGAGGCGCUUUAUUGUUAAGGGCGACGGUUGCCGCUUUGGGCUUUGCAAGCAGCCUCGAGGCUGCGGCGGAUCUGCAGCGCGUUUUUGCAAAGGAGAUCUUUUUGCAAAGGAUUGUUAUUAUUAUUAUCGAUUUCCUUGGCUGCCUCCUUCUCCCUGCGGCUUGGAGGCAAACAACAUGAACGACGACGCGGCGGCGGCUGCUGGGGGCGAUUUGCACCGUGGCUUACGUGCCUGCGUUGGGCAAUCUGCAGCCGCCGGUGCGCAAUCUUCGAUGGGCGGUGGGGCGUCCUUUGUCAGGCUAGAACCUGCGCUGCCCGGGAUCUAAAGCGAGGCGGGGGAAAGCCGGCACAGCCCCGAAGAGGAGGAGGCGGCGGCGGAGAGAUCCGAGAAGGCCCCGAUGCGCGAAAGCCUGGUUCCUCUGGCACCCUGGAGAAGCAACGGAAAAUGCAAAACAGCGAAGUGAUAAAGCCGGCCAAAUACUUCUCCGAAGUGGAGAAGAGCGUGCUGCUUGCGCUGGUUGAGAAAUACAAAUAUGUACUGGAGUGCAAAAAGAGCGACGCCCGGACGAUUGCGCUGAAGCAGCGGACCUGGCAGGCCCUGGCGCAUGAAUACAACUCUCAGCCCAGCGUCUCCCUCCGAGACUUCAAGCAGCUGAAGAAAUGCUGGGAGAACAUCAAGGCGCGGACCAAGAAGAUCAUGUCCCACGAUAGGCGAGAUAAGGUCAAAAGGAGUCUAAGCCCGCUGAUCAGCAAUCACGUCCUAGGGAAGGAGAAGAUCGCCAGCAUGGUGCCGGAGCAAGUGUACUUUUUGCAGAGCCCGCCGGAGGACGAUUCGGAAUACCAGCCGGAGACUUCCAGUCAAGAACCUUUCACCGUGAUCAACAGAGAACUGUGUGACGAAGAUAAGGAGCUGGUGCAUUACCAGGUCUGCGAAGGGACCUCGCAGUCGGAACCCUCUUGCUCAGCUGUCAGACUGACGGGCAACAAAAACUUCCGCAGCAAGGCCGCUCAGGAGAGCGACCUGAAGAAGAUGCACGAGGAGGAACACCACCAGCAGAUGUCCAUCUUGCAGCUGCAGCUGAUCCAGAUGAACGAAGUGCACGUGGCCAAGAUCCAGCAGAUCGAGCGGGAGUGCGAGAUGGCCGAAGAGGAGCACCGGAUCAAGAUGGAAGUGCUCAACAAAAAGAAAAUGUACUGGGAGCGGAAGCUUCAGACAGUGACCAAGGAGUGGCCCGUCUCUUCGUUUAACAGACCCUUCCCAAAUUCACCCUAGAGGAUCUGGUGGCGAUCGGAUGGGAUCCGCGGGGGUUCUUCGCAAAGGGGGUUGGGAUUCGGGGAAGCGGAAUUUGUGUUUGUGGUGUGGACGGCUGUUGGAGUGGCUGUGGACAAAGAGUAAGGAGCAGCUAAACAAAAAAA